CUAAAUUAUAAAAAGAGCUAAAACCCUAACCCUAAAAAAAAUUGCACGAUAUAAAACUCCAGUUUAUGACUCUUCUCCCUCCAUUUUGCUAGAGCUUGUGGCCGCCGAACCUUCACUUUCUUUCGUCUCACACGCAGUUUCUCUCUCCUCUCGACCUUAGAAGGUAGCAGGAAAUAUGGCGUACCCAAUGAAGCCCACAAAGCCGGGUAUGGAGGAAGCCCAAGAGACCACCCACAAGAUCAGAAUCACUCUUUCUUCUAAGAAUGUUAAGAAUCUUGAGAAAGUGUGUGCUGAUCUUGUACGUGGUGCAAAGGACAAGCAUCUUAGAGUCAAGGGACCAGUAAGGAUGCCAACCAAGGUUCUGAAGAUCACAACAAGGAAGUCUCCCUGUGGAGAAGGAACCAACACAUGGGACAGAUUUGAGUUGCGUGUCCACAAGAGAGUCAUCGACCUCUUCAGCUCCCCAGAUGUUGUCAAGCAGAUCACAUCUAUCACCAUUGAGCCUGGGGUUGAGGUUGAAGUUACAAUCGCCGACUCUUAGACGAUCCCGCCAUGGUUAUCAUGCUGUAGGGCUUUUGUAGGUGCCUCCAUAUAUAGUGGUGCUAUCUUACUAUGAAUUUUGAAGAUAACUGAAUUGUUUGUUUGGAGAGGUGUUUUCAUUUAGUUAUUAAUGUCAUGAUGUUUUUGAAGGCAAUAGACAUGCGGUACUUCUUAAUGCUUUAUCUAUAGAACUCCCCAAUUUGAGUAAUGUUUACGAGAAAUUUUGUUCAA